AUGGACGCCCCGAUCAUGAUGAAGCAGUACGAUACUGCUCCAAAGGCAGCCCUGCCUCAUGCCCUCCCCCCAACCGAGCUAUCCGUCCCAGGCCCCGACUCAGUCACCCUCGCAAAGAAGCGCUCGCAAUGGUCUUGCAUCGACGACAACCGCCUGCGAAACAAUCUCUUCGCCGCCGUCGGUUUUCUCGAACUCGCCAACGCAGGCGACUUUGCCGCCAACGUAUGGAACGACGUUCCUGUCCCCGUCUAUGCCAUCGUCUUCAUGGCCAUCGGCGGAACAUCUGCCUUCGUCCUCUCGAUCUGCGCAUUCUUCGACUCAAGAAAGGCUUGGAGAAACAUCAAGUUCUUGCGACAGCAGAAACAAUAUCUCGAGACGGAGAAGGAGAAUCUGCCUGUUGGAGCGGAGUCGAGGGGUCUUGAUGUUUUUAUCGAGAUUACGACGAGGGAAUUACGAAUUGAGGUUAUUAAUCGAUGGGCGAUGGACUUGUUGAUGGGAGGCGGUGCGAUGUUGAUCAGCAUUGGUACAUACAUGGCUAUUGGUGGUGCGAACCGAAAGGUUUGGCAUGCUAGUAACAUCCUGUCCGGAUAUCUCGGUAACGCACCCAUCGCGCUAUUCGGUCUCAUCAGUGCGAUUUGGGCUUCAAUGGUUGUCUCUAAGAUGCAAUCUCACGUCUCGAUCGCGAAAAAAGAACUCCAAGGUUCACAAUCACUUCCGUUGUUGAAGCAGAGAUGUUUCAACGUUCAGCUGUUUUUCAUCCUCAACGGCAUCGCGAAUGUUCUUGGCGGAGUUGGUUCAAUGAUCACGGCUGAGAGGUGGUGGGGUUAUUGUAUCCUCAUUCCUGUCAUUAUCACUUCGAUCUUUUGCAACGUUUGGUGGCGACACAGAGUUGGAUAUGAUCGACCUUGCAUAUCUGCUAUACCGCCGCUGACCACUGAUAACAUCGUUGAGGCGCUCGAGUCGACUUCUCAACUGCGACAAACAAUUCAGGACGGCGCUGGCGUCGACCUUGAUCAGAUCUUUGGAGAUGAGGUCACGCUGCAGGAUGUAUUGGAGUUGUUUGUGAAGCACGACCUCUUUGAACAGCUUACUCUGCGAUUAGUAGCCAACAAGAAGAUUGGCCACUUAUUCGUCAAGGCGCAGGAGCUUCGAGUGCAAGUCAGUGUUGCUAGCAUUCUGGAUUUAUCAGAAGAACAUCACCCUCUCAUUGCGGCAGCAGCAUUGCGAUUCUUGAAGAAACAGGGUCCAAGACACUUGGUGCACCGUGAGAGGUUUCUGAUUGAAGUUUUGGGAACAUAUCUGAACCAGGAGAAGAAGAGCCAGACGGUAGAAGUCAAGAACUGA